AUGUCGAACAACGACGGUGGUGAGAAUGCUGCUGCUGCGGUGCCGGCCGUUGUUAGUGGUGCGGCUAAUGUCGGCGCUAUCUACGCAGCCACCAUCAAGCUACCGGACUUUUGGCAGCGCAACCCGCGGCCGUGGUUUCAGCACACCGAGGCUCAGUUCCAGCUGAGAGAAAUUACGCAGGAUGUUACUAAGUAUUUCCACGUUGUUUCGGCCUUGGAUGCCUCGACGACGGCCAGGGCUAUGGCGCUGUUGGAGGCUCCUCCAGCUAACGGAAAGUACGACGCACUCAAAACAUUCCUGUUAAAACUCUUUGAACUGUCGGAGCUGGAGAAAGCGGACCGUCUGCUGUCCCUGAAUGGACUUGGUGACGGCAAGCCGUCCGAGUUGAUGGAGAGGAUGCUGGCUGUGCUGGGCGCGGCGGAUCCCUCGUUCCUCUUCGCCCACAUCUUCCUGCGGCAGCUUCCAGCGCCCGUGCGCACCGCGCUGGCCUGCUCCGCCCUCAUUUCCUCCAUGGACUAUCGGGCGCUGGCGUUGGAGGCAGACAGGAUUUUCCUCGCCAACCGGCAGCAGUUUGUCCACGCGCUGCUACCCGCCCAGCACACGUCUGUUUCGCUUCCACCCCUGGAGGACGGCCCGGACACUGCAGCGGCUGUUUGGGGCCAAGGCCAAGCAGUGUCGCCAGCCUUGCAGUUUUGGGGCCCAGGGAAAAGCCAGAGCCGGCGCUCAUUAGCAGCUAUGGGCGCUGGCCGUGACUGCAAGCUGUUAUUCGUCGCUGACACCUUGUCCGGCCGGCGGCUGCUGGUCGAUUCGGGGGCUCAGCGCAGCAUCCUGCCGGCGAAGCCUGUGGACACCAUGGCUGGCGGACAUGGCCACCCGAUGGACGCUGCUAAUGGCACCCCCAUUCGUACCUACAGCACGAUGUAUGUGGAGGUGUGUUUCGGCGGGCAGCGUUUCGACUGGGACUUCGUCAUGGCCGCCGUGUCUACGCCGCUCCUGGGCGCGGAUUUCCUGUGUGCUUACAGACUGUUGGUGGAUGUUACAAACUGCCGCCUGAUCGACGCCCUGUCUUUUGCUUCAUACCCCUGCACGCUGGGGGGGGAGGGGGCGCUUUGUCUGUCGAACACGUUUGCCACAGGGGACCUGUAUCACCGCCUGCAGGCUGAAUUCCCGGAUAUCACCACGCCCACGUUUUCAUCAGCGGUGGCUAAGCAUGGCGUGGAGCACUACAUCACCACGAUUGGCCCCCCAGUCUAUGCACGGGCCCGGCGCCUCGACUCGGCCAAGCUCGCGAUUGCCAGGGAGGAAUUCGCCACCAUGGAGCACCUCGGCAUCGUGCGCCGCUCCAACAGCCUGUGGGCAUCCCCCCUGCACAUGGUGACCAAGGCUGAUGGUGGUUGGCGUCCCUGCGGUGAUUUCCGUCGCCUGAACAACGCCACCACCCCCGACCGUUACCCAGUGCCGCACAUACAAGAUUUCUCCGCCCACCUAGCUGGUGCCACAAUCUUUUCGAAGGUGGACCUGGUGCGCGGUUACCACCAGGUGCCCGUCCGCCCGCAGGAUGUUCCCAAGAUGGCAGUCAUCACGCCCUUUGGCCUUUUCGAAUUCCUGCGGAUGCCUUUCGGCCUCAAGGGUGCGGCGCAGACGUUUCAGCGCCUCAUGGACUCUGUGCUACGGGACAUGCCGUUCCUGUUUGUUUGUGCUGAGCAUGGUCUCAUCAUCAAUCCGGCCAAGUGCGAGUUUGGCCAGUCGUCCAUCACUUUUCUCGGCCACCACAUCACCCCGCAGGGAGCCGUACCCCUCCCAUCCAAGGUGGAGGCCGUCGCCGGUUUCCCACGCCCGCGCACUAUGAAGUCCCUGCAGGAGUUCCUGGGCAUGGUGAAUUUCUACAACCGUUUCCUUCCCCAUGCGGCUCAACUCAUGCGACCCUUGUAUGACGCCUUGCGGGGUCGGAGGCCGGCGGACGUGUUGGAUUGGUCCGCAGGGAUGGCUGCUGCUUUUGACGCUGCCAAAACCGCGCUGGCCAACGCUGCUCUGCUGGCACAUCCGUCUCCUACCGCCCCAGUUGCUCUUACUACAAACGCCUCGGAUUACGCGGUGGGGGCUGUGUGUGAACAGGGUAGGCGGAGCCUGGCAGCCUGGCAGCCGCUGGCCUUUUUCAGCAGGAAGCUCCGUGACAACGAGAGGAAAUACAGCGCCUUCGACAAGGAGCUCCUGGGUCUUUUCCUCGCCACCCGUCAUUUCCGUUUCCUGUUGGAAGGCCGGCGGUUCACGGCUUUCGUUGACCACAAGCCGUUGACGUUCGCCAUGGCCAAGUCUUCGGAGCCAUGGUCUGGUCGACAGCAGCGCCAGCUUUCUGCUUUCCACCCGGGGGGGAGAGCCUCUACCAAGCUGGUGGGGGCUAAAUUCGUCUGGCCAGGCCUGCGGAAGGACGUCAGGGUCUGGGCUGCGGCCUUUGUGGCGUGCCAGCGUGCGAAAGUGACUCGUCAUACCAGGGCCCCUUUGGCACCUUUCAAAGUGCCUGAGAGGCGUUUUGAUCAUGUGAACGUGGACCUGCUGGGGCCACUUCCCCCCUCCCGUGGUUACACCUACUUACUCACCAUGGUGGACAGGACCACCAGGUGGCCAGAAGUGGUUCCCCUGUCCUCCACUACAGCAGCUGAGGUGGCCCGGGCGUUCGUUAUGGCUUGGGUGGCCCGUUUUGGCUCACCGUCCGACCUCUCCUCGGACAGGGGUCCGCAGUUUACAUCGGAGCUUUGGACUGCGGUUGCCGAGGUCCUGGGGGUAAAGGUCCACCGUACCACGGCCUAUAACCCACAGAGCAACGGACUUUGCGAGCGGUUUCAUCGUGACAUGAAGGCAGCGCUCAGGGCCAGCCUUAUGGGCGCCGACUGGGCUGACCGCCUCCCAUGGGUUAUGCUUGGCCUUCGCUCCGCCCCCAAGGAAGAUCUUCAAGCCUCAUCGGCCGAGCUGGUGUACGGCCAGCCGCUGCGCAUCCUGGGGGAGUUUCUUCCGGAUGCCACGGCCCCAUGGUUAGUUGCCUCCCAUUCAUUCGCCACGAUGGCCAUCGCGCCCCGCUGCAGCCCCCUUACGAUGGGCCCUUCCGUGUCCAGGUGGGAGGGUGUAAGAACUUUGUUGUGGAUAUGGGGGGUAGGCCUGAGCGGGUAGCUAUAGACCGUCUCAAACCUGCUCAUGUGGAUAUUGGCGAACCGCUCCAGCUGGCCCGGCCCCCACGCCGAGGGCGGCCCCCGGCGGCGGUCUCGGCCCCGGCCCCUGCUCCUGCCCUGCCUCCCGCCCUUCGCCCUUCUCCUGUUAAGCGCAGUCGUUAUGGCCGCCUGGUCCGCCCCCCUGUGCGUUGACCUUCUUCAGGACUGUAUGGGCUGGACUGUUCUGCAUUGGCAUGUAGUGUCCUAUGUUCUCUGUGGGAUACCUGUUUGGUCUUGGCCUGUGGUUAUGGGUGAAUUCUGGGGGGGCCUGUGUGGUGACCCACAAGUAACGCUGGAGAGACAUUCACCAGGGGACUGUACCUUUAAGGGAACGUGUUUUGAUGUGAGGUUAACGUGCUGUCUGCAGUAGUUCUCACGUGUUGUUCUGUAGUGUUGAAGUGGAGAGUAAAGCUGACUCAACGCAUCUCUGUCUCCUGUCUCGUCACUUUACACCCUCCACAGUACAAUCAUUUGAACAUUGUGUAUAAAACAGAUAGUUAGGCAGUCGUUGAACCACCUGAUUUAUAUUUAGCAGGAUUUUCUAUCAUUCUUUUUUAUUUUUAAUAGAUUUGAGCCUGUUGUACCUGCAUCCAGCAGGAGAUGACGCUGCCGAGCCACAAGCCCAAUGAGCCAGUUGGUGACGAAAUCUUGCAGGAUUGGAAGGAAAUUGGCUCUGGAGGAUUUGGUUACGUCUACAAGGCCAAGCACAAGGACUGGGGCUUUGAUGUGGCCAUUAAGUUACUUCAUAGGGGUGUUUGGUAAAUGUAGAAAUAUCUACAAUAUUCCUGGGACUUUAAAUGAUAUAUUGAUGAAGUCAUGCACAUGUUGUAUUUCUUAUUUCACGGCCUUCUGCUUUCUCUCUACUUAUUUCAACAAUCCCCUGUCUCAUUGCAGCCCC